UCUAUGCCCCUUCCAGGCUACACACAAGGCUGGAGAGUCUCCGGCAGCACGGCGCGUAACACAACCUACUGACAGCUGCGACUCACAACCAAGGAGGGAAAAGAUGGAGCACAGAGACACCGACUUCAACAUAUUGCUAGCGACCGAUUCAUACAAGGUAACGCAUUAUAAACAGUACCCCCCCAACACGAGUAAAGUGUACUCUUACUUCGAGUGCCGCGAGAAGAGGACAGACCCCAGCAAAAACAGAAAAGUCAAAUAUGACAAAACUGUCUUUUAUGGCCUACAGUACAUCCUGCACAAAUAUCUAAAAGGAAAAGUAGUGACUCCAGAGAAGAUUCAAGAGGCGAAGGAGGUCUACAGGGAACACUUCCAGGAUGAUGUUUUUAAUGAGAAGGGGUGGACUUAUAUUUUGGAGAAAUACAACGGACACCUGCCCAUUGAAAUCAAGGCGGUGCCAGAGGGGAGUGUCAUUCCUCGAGGCAAUGUUUUGUUCACAGUGGAGAGCACAGACCCCGAAUGCUACUGGCUCACUAACUGGGUGGAGACCAUCCUGGUUCAGAUCUGGUAUCCCAUCACUGUGGCGACCAACUCUAGAGAGCAAAAGAAGAUCCUUGCCAAGUACCUCUUAGAGACUUCGGGGAAUUUGGAGGGGCUGGAGUAUAAACUACAUGACUUCGGCUACAGAGGCGUGUCCUCACAAGAGACUGCUGGCAUAGGAGCCUCCGCCCAUCUGGUCAACUUCAAGGGCACAGACACGGUCGCUGGCAUCGGAGUCAUUAAGAAGUACUAUGGCACCAAGGACCCUGUGCCAGGCUUCUCAGUGCCCGCUGCCGAGCACAGUACCAUCACAGCGUGGGGGAAAGACCAUGAAAAAGAUGCCUUCGAGCACAUCAUCAAGCAGUUUCCCAGCGUGCCUGUGUCCAUAGUCAGCGACAGCUACGACAUCUACAACGCCUGCGAGAAGAUUUGGGGAGAAGACCUGCGGGCGCUGAUCGAGAUGCGCAGCGCAGACGCCCCGCUCGUCGUUCGACCAGACUCAGGAAACCCGCUCGAUACGGUUUUGAAGGUUUUGGAGAUUCUAGGGAAGAAGUUUGCACCAAAGGAGAACUCUAAAGGGUUCAAGGUUCUCCCUCCUUACAUUAGAGUCAUACAAGGAGAUGGAGUGGAUAUCAACACACUGCAAGAGAUUGUGGAGGGAAUGAAGCAACACAGAUGGUCCAUUGAGAACAUUACCUUCGGGUCCGGAGGGGCUCUGCUGCAGAAACUGACCAGAGAUCUGCUCAACUGCUCAUUCAAAUGCAGCUACGUGGUCACUAACGGACUAGGGGUGAACGUGUUCAAGGAUCCGGUGGCAGACCCCAACAAGAGGUCGAAGAAAGGUCGUCUGUCUCUACACCGGACCCAGAGCGGAGACUUUGUCACUCUGGAGGAGGGCAAGGGCGAUCUGGAGGAGUAUGGCGUGGACCUGUUGCACACUGUCUUUCGUAAUGGGAAGAUUGUGAAGACGUACACAUUUGACGAAGUCAGAGACAAUGCUAAGCUCAAAGAGAGCGAGCUUGAAGAGCUGCUGCACUGAGUGCAGUCCUGCUAAUCCCCACAUAAUAUCCAAACCCCCCACCCUCCAAAAAAAUAUCCUUUUCCUUUCAAUCUUUCACCUGUAGGCUUCCAUUGUCACCCUAGAGAAUGGAGGUAGUGUGCACUGUUGAUAGACCCCACUUUUUAAGCCUGAGAAUCCCUCAGUGUGUCCCUAUAAACUCCAGAUUUCCUUAAAAUUCCUGAAUUUUCACCCUCUGUUCUCCAGCCGAGUGGGGAAACUUUAAAAACGCCUCAGAUCAGUGACAAAGCCCUUUAGAGUCGGGGGGUGGGGGUGGGAGGCGGGAACAGAAGGAAAAUGUGUUGUUGUGAGCAAAAGAAAAAGAUGUGAGAGAAGUUGUGAUGUUAGAACAUUCAAAUCCUUGUGCUACUGCCCUAAGUUGAUCACCAGCGCGUUGCACUGAUAGGCCGGCUACAUUGCAGCUUAAUGAAUAUGUUGGUCCGGCUGCUGGUAGGAGGCGUGGCGACAGACCUUUUCCCGUGACGCCACACGCGCGAGGGCGCUUGAGAUGAUUGUAGGUUUUUUUGAAUGAGCAUUUCGACGAAUGCACCUGAGAUGAGUGAGAAAGAACCUGGCGGAAGCCACACCCACACGAGUUAACAUUCUCCAUGUAUCCUGUACAGAACUGUUUAGAAAAAAAAAAAAUACAUGUCUGAAUCUACUUAGCGUUGUCUUUUAUGUGAAGCAAGAAAACGAUCACGGUAUAUCACAAUGCACCGAUUACACUUGGACUUAAGGAAAAAUCAUGAACGCUUGGACUUGGAGCACGAGUAAUGAAAGGUUAAUUUCCUCCAAAGUUCUUGCUUUUUAAUAGUUACAAUUAAUAAAUAAACAAAACGAAUUACAAUAGGCCAAUAUUUAAGUCAAGUACUCCCACUGUCCCACCACAAAAUUAUUGGUGCAUCUCUGGAGGUAUAUCUGAUCAUUUACUUACUGUUAUGUUGCCCACAGCGCGUUCCCAUCAUGAAGGUUUGAUCUACAAUCCAAAUCACACCCCACAAAUCACAAAUGGAGGAAGACUGAGUUUAAUAAAUCACUUUUUUUUUUUCUUUCUUUGUAAUUCUUAUUGAUUUUUCAGAUUCAGGUUUGAUUACAUUCAAAUAAUCAUUCAGUAAUAGACAUUUAAAUCGAUCGGAAAUUAAAAAGGCCCAGAGAUUAGAUGGUUCCCACUGAACUUUAACGAGUGGGGUUUUUUGGACUAGGUCUUCAUGAUGGUGAAUGGCCACUCUUUGCUGUUAAUCAGACCAAGAGUUGAUGUGAAAAAAAUAUACAUUGCAGAAAUCGUCUUCACUGGAAUGAAGAGGACAAAAACCUUAUGCGUUUCUGAAAGAUGACGUGCAUAUAUGUGGCGCCUUGGCUGAGAUGUUUGUUCGGUGUUGGUUCUGAUGUCUUUGUGUGUGUGAAUGUGAGUGAGUGUGUGUGUGUGGGGGGGGGGGUGAGAGAGACGUUUUCUUCCUUUAAACGACUGUGUGCUAUUCCUUUUUCUGCAAAUGUGCUUGUUUGUCGUGGGAAUAAAACAACAUUCUUCCCGGCCUUUUAUUCUGAAAGGAGACGUUGUGACAGUCUAGUGGAGAGUUAGUUUAACUUUUUGGCAAACAAGAGGUUUAUAAAUGAAAAAAUG